CCGGCUGUCUUUUCACCACCUCCCUCCCAUCUCGCGCAUUUUUGCUGCCACCAUCAUGUCUGCUGACUGGGGCUCUUUUUUUCAUGUUUCAGGUAACCGUUCAUCACACGAUGAGCCCAAAGCUGAGCCCGUGAGCGGGGACGACGAGAUCGUCGAGCCCGACCAGGGAAAUGUCCUUUCCCACAUUAUCUCUCAGCUCCGACCGGGAGCUGAUCUGAGUCGGGUCGUCCUGCCCACCUUUAUUCUGGAACCGCGAUCUAUGCUCGAGCGCAUCACCAACUUCAUGGCGCAUCCGGAAACUUUGCUUCCUAUGCCCACCAUAGAUGACCCCUUAGAACGAUUCGUUUCCGUCGUCAAGUUCUAUCUGAGCGGAUGGCACAUCAAACCUCCAGGAGUGAAGAAGCCGUUGAACCCUAUCCUCGGAGAGACUUAUACCUGUUACUGGGACUACCCUGAUGGCACCCGUGGGUACUAUAUCGCCGAGCAGACCUCCCACCACCCGCCCAAAUCGAGCUAUUUCUUCAUGGCACCCGAGCACAACAUCCGGAUAGAUGGCACCUUGAAACCCCGCAGUAAAUUCCUCGGAAACUCAGCCGCUAGUAUGAUGGAGGGCAUUGCUAUCCUGCGGUUCUUGAACCGCGGACAGGACAAGGAGAAGGGCGAAAGAUACAUCUUGACGCAACCGAAUAUGUACGCCCGCGGUAUUCUUUUCGGAAAGAUGAAAUACGAACUUGGCGACCACAGCUACGUGCGGUGCCCAGAGAACAACCUCGUUGCCGACAUCGAAUUCAAGACAAAGGGCUACUUUUCUGGUACUUAUAACGCUAUCGGUGGCACAAUCAAGAACGAAAAGACCGGCGAGGUAUACUAUGAACUGUCCGGUCUCUGGAACGGCGAGAUGCACAUCAAGGACGUUCACACACACAAGAAGGAUUUGCUCUUCAACGCUACGCAUGCGAAGCAUACCCCUCCGUUGACCAGACCUAUUGAACAGCAGGGCGAGCGCGAGUCGCAGCGACUGUGGCAAAACACCGUGAAGGCUAUCAUUGCCAGGAACCACGAGGCGGCUACGGACGAAAAGACCAAGAUCGAGGACCGCCAACGAGAAGAGGCAGCGAAGCGUGUCGAUGAUGGCGUUGAGUGGCACCCCCGGCUGUUCCGACGGGUGCAGGGCGGGCCCCACGGCCAAGAUGAGGGAGAGGAGGACCUAGACUGGAUUAUCAAUGCACAUGUCGACUCGCAUAACCCUGAGGUGGCAGCGAAACAGAUUCUGGCCAUUGCCCCGAUUCUCGAAGGUCAGACAGAGCCCACCCAGUUCCAGAUUCCCGCACACAAGGGUAAGGAGUCUGCUGCGACAGCCGAUCCAGCCAACGGCGCUGACCCCGCUCAGAGCGAGCCUAAGAAAGAAGCAGAAGAAGCCGUCGAACGCAAGGACUCGCGGACAUCAGAUGUCGAUGCCUACGUUGAUGCCAAGGAGAAAUAGGUGUAACUGACUCACUGGAUGGCUCCAGUUGAUGACGGCAUGUCGUUGACCAAACUGGAUAUCCGGAGGGCAAGUGACCUAUUAGUGGGGCACAACUUAGAAGAGCGAAAACCAUGAAACUUCAAAGAACCGAAAAGCAAGGAAAUGGUAGGUCGAGCCGUCAUUCAGAUCAACUUAAUUGACCUGCUCGAUGAUUCCAACGCGAGAAACAAGGGAAAGAGUCCGGCCAACCACAACAUUCAACACAUAACUCAACAUACCCACCAUUUCCAUCAGAUCAUUAUACUGGAUACCCGAUUGAUUUAAUAUGCAGAGACAAUGCGACAAAAGUUGAAAAAAGACGGACAGGAGAAGGCCUGAAGACGGACCGGAGCACGGGUGAUGGGCAAUUCUUGCUUACUAUAUGUGGAUACAUAUCAUCAUCUGGGAUACCAUGACGUGGAUGGGCAUUGAUACAGCUAGCGUAUAGGUGACUCAUUCUUUAGCAUUAAUAUAGACUAUGGUUGCGGAUAAUGCAUAAUUUUGACUUGAUGUAG